CGUUACCUACAGCUUAUUGGUUUGUUUUCCCGAGACGUAAUGUCACACGGAGACGAUCAGCAAUCCCAGGCUCUUGCCAAGCCUACUUUCAGUGACGUACAAGCCUCUGCAUUAGUGCAAUCGGUAUUUGGGUUAAAAGUUUCCAAGAUCCGGCCACUUCCCAGCUAUGAUGACCAAAACUUUCAUGUGUGCAUUUCGAGUGCCAAAGACACCGCAGAUGAGCCAACGGAGUACGUCCUUAAGAUAAGCAACACCGAGUCGAGCAGGAGCCCAGAGCUGAUUGAAGUGCAGAGCCACGUCAGCAUGUUCCUGAGAGCUGCCGGCUUCCCCACGGCCUCUGUGCAUCCGACUGCAGGAGGCCACCUCAGCUCUCUCGUGUCCGUAGAUGGCGGCUCUGGAGUCGCAGGCUACCUGCUGAGGCUGCUGUCCUACCUCCCGGGGACGCCUGUGGCCGAGAUCCCCAGCAGCCCCCAGCUGCUGUACGAGGUCGGGAGGCUCGCCGGCAGACUGGAUGAGACCCUGCAGAAAUUCCAUCACCCAAAGUUAAGUCAUCUUCGUCGGGAGAACUUCAUUUGGAAUCUGAAAAACGUCCCUCUUCUGGAGAAGUACCUGGAUGCCUUGGGCCAGAGCCAAAACCGGGAGAUUGUCAUACAGGUCAUCCAGCUGUUCAAGGACGAAAUCCUGACCAAACUACGUCACUUCCGAGAGUGCAAAAUAGGGUUUGACUCUACCUCUGGACUGCUCAUCACAGCUGAGUGGCGGUGCCCCAGGAACAGGAAACGGGCAGAGAAGGAGCUGGGGAAUUUCAUGUUUGCCCGUGGCUUGAUUUUUCUCCUUGUAGGUGUCAAUCAUGGAGAUCUUAAUGACCAUAAUAUUUUAGUGGAGCCCAGCAAGUCAGCCUUUGGCGAUGCCGUGUACCACGUGUCUGGCAUUCUGGACUUUGGUGACAUGAGCUACGGCUACUACGUGUUCGAAGUGGCCAUCACCAUCAUGUACAUGAUGAUUGAGAGCAAGAGUCCGCUGCACGUGGGAGGUCACGUCCUUGCAGGCUUUGAGAGCGUCAUCCCGCUGACGCCCGUGGAGAGGAGUGCCUUGUUUCUGCUCGUGUGUGGGCGCUUUUGCCAGUCCCUGGUCAUCGCAGCACACUCUUGCCAGCUACACCCAGAGAACAAGGACUAUCUCAUGAUUACUGCGAAAACCGGCUGGAAGCGCUUGCAAGAGAUGCUUGACAUGGGCCAGAAGGCUGUGGAGGAAAUCUGGUUUGAAACUGCCAGGUCCUAUGACUCGGGGGUCUCCAUGUGACUCAGGGAACCUUCACGUGAGCUCUGAUCGUGGAAAACCCAAGGGGACCAAAUCAAAUUCCAUGAAAGUUUUUCCUGCUCGGUGAGAAAUGAGCU